GCCAAUUGUCGCCUCUGGUCGAAGAUUUCCGAGUCACACCGGACAAUGGCGAAAGCGUUUAGACACAAAUGCGUCAGUUAAUCUAGUGGUUUCUUUUCGGGCGUCAGUUAGCACCGGCAAACACCAAAAGCGGUGUUGUAAUUUUCUUCAAGGGCAGAAAAUGACACGACUGGGGAUUUUCUGCACAGUUGGGGUGCUGCUGGUAGCGCACAGCAUCGCCAUUAUACGGGUUCCCCUGAAGAAGACGAGGAGCCUCCGUCGCCUCAUUAGCGAUAAUGGAAUGUCUCUGGAUCAAAUUCGGGCCUUGGCGAAGUCAUCUGGAGCUCCUGACAGCGCCCCCUCGCCACAACUACCCGUGGAGAGACUGACUAACUUCAUGGAUGCCCAGUACUUUGGCGCCAUCAGCAUCGGCUCCCCGCCUCAGGACUUCACAGUGCUGUUUGACACCGGCUCCUCCAACCUCUGGGUGCCGUCCAUUCACUGCUCCUUCCUCGAUGUCGCCUGCUGGGUCCAUCAUCGCUACAACUCAAAGAAGUCGAGCACGUACGUUCAGAACGGAACAGAGUUCUCCAUCCGAUACGGCAGAGGCAGCCUGUCGGGCUUUAUCAGCGACGACACGAUCUCUAUAGCGGGCUUGUCCGUGCCUGGCCAGCAGUUUGGCGAAGCCGUGAAGCAGCCGGGCAUCACGUUUGCCGUGGCCCGUUUUGAUGGGGUCCUGGGCAUGGCCUACCCCUCCAUAUCGGUCGCCAACGUCACCCCGGUGUUUGACACGGCGAUGGCGGGCAAGCUGCUGCCGCAAAACGUCUUCUCCUUCUACAUAAGCAAAGACCCUGCAGCAGCAGUGGGGGGAGAGCUGGUGCUCGGUGGGAGCGACCCACAGUACUACACCGGAGACCUGCAUUAUGUCAACGUCACACGCAAGGCCUACUGGCAGAUUGAGAUGAAUGAAGUCGACGUGGGCACCCAACUGACAGUCUGCAAAGCUGGCUGCCAGGCCAUCGUCGACACGGGGACUUCUUUGAUCGUCGGCCCCGCGGAAGAAAUCCGAGCACUGCAGAAGACCAUCGGAGCUCUGCCCCUGCUGAUGGGAGAGUACUGGAUCGACUGCAAGAAGAUUGACUCCCUUCCCGUCAUCUCCUUCAACGUAGGAGGGAAGAUGUUCAACCUGACCGGGGAGGAUUAUGUCAUGAAGGAGUCGCAGAUGGGAACAUCAAUCUGCCUCUCAGGCUUCAUGGCCAUGGACAUCCCGCCCCCUGCAGGACCUCUGUGGAUCCUGGGAGAUGUCUUCAUCAGAAAGUACUACACGGUCUUUGACAGGAGUGCUGAUCGUGUGGGCUUUGCACUGGCCAAGUAGUACCACUUCACAAUCUUUUUUUGUCAUACUUUUGGUUGUAAAAUUGAGGUUUACAUGCAAAACCGAAUCAGAGUUAACGAGUUACAAUAAUCCCUCGUUUAUCACGGUUAAUUGGUUCCAGACCCGACCGUGAUAAGUGAAUUUCCGAAAAAUAGGAUUCCUUAUUCAUAAAUGGAGUAUUUUUGUAGUUAGAGCAUAGGACAGCUGGUUACGGCCUUCAAAAUACAGUUUUCAACAUUAUCAGAGCCCUCUAGACAUGAAAUAACAUCCCCACAUGUCACCUUUUACACUCCUGUUAUCCAAAAGAGUAGACACAACAGCCAUUUAAGACAUAAAUAAGCCUCGUAAUCAUAUACAGUCGUCCCUCGUUUAAUAGCGGUUAAUUGGUUCCAGACCAGACCGCGUUAUAGGAUUCACCCGAAUCUGUGUGAGGGGCGGACAGGAAGUGACGUCAUGGGUUCAGAGUUGAGUUUAGUGCGGCAUGGCUUGCGGCCGCAACAGUAGCUCCUGUUAGGGAUUACUGCGCCUGUUGUGAGAUCGUUCAAACCUGCAAUAAACGCCUGUUGUUCCUGUGGCCAUCAAGUCCGAUGCUUGUGCGUCUCACCGAACAUUACAGUAACAUCACUGACACCCAGUGACCAGUGUAGAACACUACACAUCAUCACGUCUGAGUCUUCUGAAAGGCCUGUAUUUGUAUUUCAGGUCAUGUAGCCAUUUUUAUUCUUAAAUACUUAAUUUAUGCAAAAAAUAUGUACAGUUGUAAUUUUUGACUAAUAAUAGGCAGCCUUCAACCACGAAAUAGCAUGAUUUAUUAAUAGAAGUUUGAAAAACAGCAAAGUGGUGAGGCAUUACUGCAUUAUGAACCAAAGAUUCUAAUUUUUUUUUUAGAACAAAUGCAUGUCAGAUAUUUGAAUAUAAAGCAAAGGUACGGUCAGAGUUGAAAAAUGAUCUUAGGCUGUUUUAUUAUCUGACUUCUUGAGUCUUAAUGAUUUCAGUAAAUUAAAAAAACCCUGCUGGUUCUUACUGGAGUGCACAUUCCCUCCGUGUGUGUGAAUACAACUGAAAAGAAAUCAAGACAAAAUAAAGUCACUCGUCGCAUUUAUUUACAUUUCCUAAGUGGAAAUUCAAAUAAAAUAAAGCUGGGGGAGGCGGGGUAUAAAGCACAGCAUGCAAGACGGCAUAUGUCUCGUACAAAUGAACCCACGCGGCAGACAGAGGUAGUCAUCUACUUUUAGGUUUCGCUCAACAUGAAGAGAACAAAUGUGGCACAGUGACGACAACUCAGUCUCGGUCUGCAAAGGAAGACUUUACAUGCGCAUCAAGACGUAAAAUAAACCCGACUAUCCGAAACAAAGCACCUGAUGAUGUGCACGUUACUACAAUAAAUACAAAAAUAUUGACUUACUUGAGAAGAUUUAAACCAAAUGUGCAAUGGAAUUGAACCCCUAAGGCUACACGUGACAACAAGCAUGAGAAUACUUUGGACCAGUAUUUCAAACAAGGGACAUCAAGUCGCAGUUGGCGGAGUCUGGAAGCGGCUUUGACUGAAACGUUUGUGUUUUGUUAGGAUUGUGUUUACCCCAGCACAUUUUAGUUUUGUUUUUUCUCACAGUACAAACAAAAUAAAAAGUCCUUUUCUUCGUUUCAA